AUUAUUGAUUAUGGAAUCAGUUAGUAUAUUUCAAAUAAAUUUUGAUUAUAAUCCAGUGGCGGGAAGGUUGUCCCGAUAGGUAGUUGCUGACAGCCUUACUAUGGCGACACUAAAAUUAUUAGUCCUGUUGGCAUCCUGCCUUGUAGCCCAUGCUAUUCCACAAUCUCCUCCGGUAUCAAGAUCGACGAUAUUCGGCGAUGAAAGGUUAAAAGGCGAAAUAUUUGAGAAUGUUGAUGCCUCAAACGAGGUAGCUAUCGACGAGAGAAAUAUCGAUGCUAGCGCCUAUCGUCUUCCCAACACAACUAGACCGGAGAAUUACGUUGUACUAUGGGUCGUGGAUACCACAAACCUAACAUUCGAGGGAACAGUUGACAUCACCCUUACAGCAACUCAAGCGAAUGUAAAUGAAAUUGUAAUUCAUGGACACGACUUGACCAUCUCGUCUUUGGUGUUGAGGCUGAACAAUGUUAUACAGCCUACCACGUACUCGUUAAAUUCCGUGUACCAUUUCUUGCGAAUUAGUCUAACUAACAGUGCACUGCAAUACAAUCCGACAAAUCCUGUUAGAUAUACAUUGUCGAUUGCUUUUGGAGCACCUUUGAGGAAUGACAUGUACGGAAUAUACAGAAGUUGGUUCAAAAACAGAAGUACGGAUCCAAUAAGGUGGAUGGCAACUACACAGUUUCAAGCAACAGCAGCCCGUUUCGCAAUGCCAUGCUACGAUGAGCCUAGUUUCAAGGCUACCUUCAAUAUUACUAUCAGACGUCCCGUGACCCACAGGAGUUGGUCUUGUACUAGGAUCAGACAGACUGUCAAUAGCCCGAACACGUUGUAUCAGGAUGACAUAUAUUACCAAACUCCCGUGAUGUCUACAUACCUCUUAGCUUUAAUUGUUGCCGAAUACCAUUCUUUGUCAGUCUUAGAGAACGGUAAUUUAACUUACGAGGUAAUCGCAAGACAGGGAGCCAUUGAAGCUAACCAGGGUCAAUAUGCAUUUGACGUUGGACAAGAACUUCUAGCUGAGAUGAACAACCACACCGCAUUGAACUUUAGGUCAAUGAAUCCUUACCUAAAGAUGACUCAAGCGUCUAUACCAGAUUUUUCGGCGGGUGCUAUGGAGAACUGGGGACUGCUAACUUACAGGGAGGCUUAUUUGAUGUACGAUCCUGCGCAUACCAAUGACUACUACAAGCAAUUGAUCGCAUACAUCCUUUCCCACGAAAUCGCGCACAUGUGGUUUGGUAACUUGGUAACUUGCGAAUGGUGGGGCGUGCUAUGGCUGAACGAAGGUUUCGCCAGAUACUACCAGUAUUUCCUUACUGACUGGGUUGAAGAUUACAUGGGUCUAGGUACUAGGUUUAUAACAGAGCAAGUACACACGGCGUUGCUCGCUGAUGCUGCCGACAAUCCUCACCCACUUACAACUCCUGGAAUAGGAAGUGCGGUUGCUGUCAGAACUAUGUUCUCAACAAUCUCAUACAAUAAAGGUGCAGCUGUCAUCAGAAUGACGGAACAUUUCCUUGGAUUUGACGUCCACAGAGAAGGUCUACGCAACUAUUUGGUAGAGAAGGCAUAUUCAACUGCUCAACCAAUAGACUUGUUCCGUAACUUGGAAUCAGUCGGUAUAUCAUCUGGUUCAUUGGCAGCUUAUGGAACUGAUUUCAACUUUAUCGAAUAUUACGAAAGCUGGACUGAACAGUCUGGUCAUCCAGUUUUACUUGUGACUGUUAAUCAUCAGAACGGUGACAUGACAAUCAUUCAGCGCCGUUUCAACAUAAACACUGGCUAUUCUUCUGUUAACACCAAUUGGAUUAUACCCAUCACCUUUGCGACUGCCAGCAACCGUGACUUUAUUAAUACCAAACCAACACAUAUUAUUCGCAAGGCUGUUACUAUCAUCAACCGAAACUCCACUGGUGAUGAAUGGGUUAUAUUCAAUAAACAGCAAACAGGUUUCUACAGAGUUCUUUACGAUGAUUACACUUGGAAUCUCAUUACGCUUGCUUUGAGAGGACCAGACAGGCUUCAGAUCCACGAAUAUAACAGAGCUCAGAUCGUGAAUGACGUAUUCCAAUUUGCCCGCUCUGGUCUUAUGAACUACACCCAGGCCUUUAACAUUCUCUCCUUCUUGGAGAACGAGACAGAAUACACUCCAUGGGUUGCCGCCCUCACUGGAUUCAAUUGGAUUAGGAACAGGUUUAGGGGCACACCAUUGCUGGCUCAAACGGAGGCUUUGAUGGUGAGAUGGUCCGCUACAGCGAUCAGAAGUCUGACCUACUACCCUCAAGCAAACGAGUCGUUCAUGCGCUCCUACCUUCGAUACCAACUGGCUCCUGUGCUAUGUGCAAUGAAUGUGCAGGAGUGCAGAACUGCCGCUAACACACAAUUCCGUUCUCUGAUUAAUAAUGGUAUAGAGGUUCCAGUAAACAGCCGUAACUGGGUGUACUGCAACGCCCUACGCGAUGGCACCCAGGCCGACUUUAACUUCCUCUGGACCCGUUUCCAGAACCACAACGUCUACACAGAGAAAAUAUUGCUUCUUUCCGUCUUAGGUUGUACUCCACAUGCUGCCUCCCUCAACACACUCUUGACUGCUAUUGUACAAGACAACUUCAUAGUACGUCCCCAAGAUUACACGACAGCGUGGAAUGCUGCCACCUCAGGCAAUGAGGGCAAUACUCAAAUCGUUUUUACUUUCAUCAGAAACAAUCUCCAGACCGUCAUCAAUGCUUUUGGAUCUGCUUCCAUUCCUUUGUCAUACAUCUCUUCAAGACUUAGAACUGAAGCUGAAAUCGUAGAGUUCCAAAAUUGGGCGAACCAGAACCGUGUAGCCUUGGGAGACGAUUACCAGAGCGUGUACAAUGGUGCGGAAGCUUCAAGAGAAAGCAUUCGCUGGGCGGCGAGAGUAACCAGUGAUUUCAACAACUACUUCGUUAAUGGUGAUUCCCCAAUUGUGCUCACUACGACUACAAGAGCUCCUGUCACGACCGUAUCUACAGUCACAGCGCCACCUGUCGUUGAACCAACAACACCUGCUUUACCAGGAUCAGCAAUGACGUCAUUCGUCUCCUUAUCUGCUCUUUUAUUAGUUGUUGUUAAUUUCGUUCUUUGAAUUACAUUCUGUUAGAAAUUAUUUUUAAUAUUUAUGUGUCCUACUAUUUAGAGUCUUAUGUAAAUACAAUUUUUUUAAGUCUCAAA